CUCUCUCUUCCAAACCCUUCUUCUGCUUCAAUCCCACACCUGCUUUCCGCAUUCUCUCCAAUUCGAGUGCCCUAGAUUCACCUCUCCCCUAAAGUUCGGUUUAUUGAAGAUGGACCCAGCUUUCGAGGAUGAGGGCCAAGGCGGUGAGACAGUCACAAUCGAAGAGUAUCUUAAGGAUGUUGAGGAGCAGGAACUGGAUGCUGAUUUGGUUUUGGGGGGUGAUGAAGGCAAGGAGUGUACCUAUAAUAAUGGGUAUAUGAAGAGGCAAGCAAUUUUCUCAUGCUUGACUUGCACACCAGAUGGUAAUGCUGGAGUUUGCACAGCUUGCAGCUUGUCCUGUCAUGAUGGCCAUGAGAUUGUGGAACUAUGGACCAAGAGAAACUUCAGAUGUGAUUGUGGAAAUUCAAAAUUUGGAGAGUUCUACUGCAAGAUUUUCCCAAGUAAAGAUAUUGAAAAUGUUGAGAACUCGUACAAUCAUAACUUCAAGGGUUCCUACUGUACCUGUGGCCGCCCUUAUCCUGAUCCAGACGUGGAAGAACAAGUAGAGAUGAUGCAGUGCUGCUUCUGUGAGGACUGGUUCCAUGAGGAACAUAUCGGUCUUGAUUCUUCUGAUGAGCUUCCAAGGGACGGAGAAGGUGAACCUCUAUAUGAGGAUUUUAUAUGUGCAGCAUGCUCAAAAGUUUGCUCUUUUUUAAGACUAUAUACUCGAAUCAUCUUGGAAGCAAGGAGCCAAAAGAAUGCUGCUGUUAAGACUGGAAAAGAUAAAGAAGUUAUAGCAGAUGAAGUCCCUUUAGCCUGUGGAUCUGGAAAGCUAGAAAGUAUAUCUCAGAGUUUGACUACCAACACUGAAUCUGUGACUGGAGGGGAAGUUUCAGUUCUUGGAGAAAAUUCUGGGAAGAAAAUAUGUUCAGGGCAAUGCAGCGCAGAUGCUGAUGCACAUGCUACUUGUGUUAUUGGAGUUGAUCUGGCAGUUGCUUCCCCAGCUUCGGAGAGCAAGCCAAUGUUUCUUUCAAAAAACUGGCGGAGUGCUCUCUGCAGGUGUGAAAAAUGCAGUGAAUAUUAUAAAAAGAAGCAUAUUAGUUUUAUAAUUGACAAGGAGGAUUCAAUCAUUGAGUAUGAGAAAAUGGCAAAGCGGAAGAGAGAAGAGAAGUUGCAGCAACGUGACGGGGCAGAGUUAAGUAUGCUGGAUAACCUUGGCCAUGUAGAGAAAAUUGAGAUUCUGAAUGGCAUUGCAGAUAUCAAAGAUGAGCUUUAUUCCUUCCUGGGAUCAUUUGAUUCAUCGAAGGCAAUCACAUCUGCUGAUGUCCACCAGAUUUUUGAGAAUCUAAAGAAACGCAGGCGUGUAGAGUGAGUUAUUCCUGGAUCUUUGCUGCAGUUGCAUGCAUGUAAUAAUAUUAACCUCUGAUUCUGCUUUUGGAGUUGAGCCAGGUUUCAGUAACAUUAUAAAAGGCCUUUGCAUAUUAUGGGCUUUUUUAAGUUAGAAUGCUCUACUAGUAUCUAUGUCAUUUCUUUGAAGACUUAUGUCCUAAGUCAAACACAUUAAUUUGAAUUUCCUCUAAAUAUCUUUAUGACAUGAAAUC